ACGGCCCCCCCGAGCGUCAGAAGCACUGCAAACGGAGCUGUGGGACGUGGGACGUGGACUUGAGACAGGAAGACGACGACUGAGCAAUUAGACACCGGCCAAACCCCCCCGACCUCAACUACACGGCAUGGCUACGGCGAGCAGCUCAGGGCAGAGCGCAUUCGGGCUCGGGAGGAAAAAGAAGAACCCUGGACUCAUGGAUCAGAUUAGCAAAUUCUUUGGGGGAGACAAAAAGAAGAGGAGCAAGGGGUCGUUCCGGGGUCACCACGCCUCCUCACCCCAACAAUCCUCCGCCCGUCGCAAGACCAAUGAGAACGCUGUGGCGCAUUUCUUCAGGAGCAUUGUUUCCUCUCCUCGUCCUAAAUCCAGGUGGAGAGAUGUCUUGGGCUUGGCCUCGUCGCCACGUGCCGAGGGCGCAAAGUCACCGGUCAGGAGACGCAGAGACCAAAGCACACUGUCCAGAAUCUUCAACCUGUGAUGCUCUCAUCAGAGAUCAGGAGAAACCAAGUCCCGUCCACCCCCCAAACGCUGGAGCACCAUCUUCUGAGCUCUCCGCCGAGGACCGAACCACAGACCCAACGCCGACGGGACGAGACGAGGGAGGAGACACAGAUCAGCAGGCGGCGGACUCACAACCUCAAGAAAUGUUAACUCACUAACACAAAGCUUGUUGUGACUCUCUAGAGACUGACACGGUGUAAUCUCCACUCUCUGGGGACUGUUCCCCUUUAUAAUCCGACUCCUCCUGGAUAUGUUGUCAUUAUAAUUUGUUUACGAGAGGCUUAGAGAAGCUUUAACUUCAAUAUCCGACUGUAAAAAUCACCUCUUUCAGUUUGUUGUUGUGAUGGUGCCACUGUCUGUUUCCUGUCGUCUGCAUUUUGUACACGAGUGACGCUUGUUUGUAUCCCGCUGCUUACACGCCUGUCGCAGGGAAAUGCAUUUGAAACUGGAAACCUAAAAGAAAUGAUAUUGUUUUUGAAUAACAGCUUUGUUUGGGGUUAUUAAACAUGUACAGUUUGAUGUCGUCGAAUGAGAAGAACUAAAAAUGCCCUUUUAAAUGCACUGGUAAUAACACCACAAGUGUAAAUACAACUGAUCCCAUAGCGUAGCUUUAGCAUCUAUCUCGUUUAUUAUUGUUGUACGUGAUCUGUUUGCGUCUUAGAUUAAGUUUGAGGGUUUUAAUGUUGUGUGUGUUUUAUUUUGAAAGAGGUUUGUUAGAGUUGAUGGUCGGAUCGUAAGUGGCUCAGUGGUUUGAGGCAGAAGCAGCGAGAGGAGCAGGAGGAUGUUGACUUCACAUGUUCUGAGGUGUAAUGGUCAUUUUCAGUUGUGUUCAUAAUGUGUUGGAUCACUGUUCACGUGUGUACGAGAUCUGUUUGUGAGUUUGCUCUGUGUCGCACACAGCUCUGUCUUUUUCUGAGGUUGUUGACAUGUGUCUCUGCAGCAGGAGCAGAAAACUGAGUGUUGUGUUUCCACAUUGUGUCAAACUCUUGGGUUUUGAAUGUUCAACCUAACUGGAAAUAAACAUCUUUUGUCGUCCCUUA